UUCGUGGCUUUUUGCCUUGUUGCCUCUCUCUACGUAUCAAAUGAGGCUCUCUCUCACGAACCAUGUCGAGGAUCAUAUAAUUCCUUUCCCCCAAACCCCACUUUUGAUCAGUGACAAGGGAUAGUGGGACCCUCAUGAACAACACCAAUAGCAAAAUAAGAAAACUAGUCCUAGAUGGACUCUACAACCAAUCUCUCUACCUGUAUAGAACUCUCCUUGCUUCUGGUUUCCACCCAAACAGCUUCACCUUCCCAUCUCUACUCAAAGCAUCUGCAAAGCUCCAAUCCCCUCCACAAGCACACGCCACCCAUGCCCAUCUCCUCAAAACAGGUUUUCACGCUGACAUAUAUGCCGCCACAGCUCUUAUAGACACGUACAUGAAACUCCGCCUAUUAGAUGAUGCACUCAAGGUGUUCGAUAAAACUCCCAACAGAAAUUUGGCUUCUUUCAACGCCGUGAUUUCCGGAUUCUCGCAAAAUGGGUGUUUUAGAGAAGCUAUGGAGGUUUUCAAACGGGUGGAAAGGGGAGGGUUCUGCCCCAAUUCAGUCACUCUUGCCAGUGUUUUGCCUUCCUGCGAAAUAGCCAAACAGGGCGCGGAGUUGCAUGGUUUUGCAGUGAAGUUGGGGCAUGAGAUGGAUGUUUAUGUGGCCACUGCAUUGCUGACGAUGUACUCAAAUUGCAAGGAAUUGGAUACUGCUUUGAGAGCAUUUGGAAUGAUUCAAGAAAAGAAGGCGGUGAGCUACAAUGCCAUGAUUUCGGGGCUUCUGACAAAUGGUUAUUCUGAUAUGGCCUUGAAUAUAUUCAAGGAGAUGAUUGUAUCUUGUGGUGAAAAACCCAAUUCAGUGACUUGGGCAUCUCUCCUUUCCGCAUGUUCAGACCUUUCAGCCCUGCGGCUUGGCAUGCAGAUUCACAAUUUUGUAUUGAAAAAUGAGGUGGGUUUUGAUGUUCUGAUAGGAACAGCACUUGUAGAUAUGUAUUCUAAAUGUGGGUGUUUGAAAUGGGCUUCUCAGAUUUUCUUGGGAUUGAAUGAGAGGGAUUUGAUAACAUGGAACUCCAUGAUCUCAGGAAUGCUGUUACAUGGUCAUUUUGAGACUGCUUUUGAGCUUUUCCAUCAGUUAGAAUCAGAAGGAUUGGAGCCUGAUAUGGCCACAUGGAAUCUUAUGAUCAGUGGGUUUUCACAGCGAGGGAACGGGGUUGAUGCUUUUAGACUGUUUGAUAAAAUGCGGUCUGCUGGUGUGGCAAAUCCAAACCUGAAAACAAUCACAAGCCUCCUAACAGCUUGCUCGACCCUCUCAGAUCUCCAUCAUGGGAGGGAGAUUCAUGGUCACUUGGUUAGGACAGGUGCUGAUAAUGAUGAAUUUGUCUCGACUGCACUGAUCGAUAUGUACAUGAAAUGUGGGUAUUCUUGUCAGGCUAGAUGGAUCUUUGAUCGGGCCGUGAGAAGAUCCGAUGAUCUUGCACUGUGGAAUGCAAUGAUUUCUGGGUAUGGACGGAACGGGGAGAAUGAAUCAGCACUUGAAAUUUUCAACCAGAUGCAAGAUGAAAGAAUACAGCCCAAUUCAGCUACUUUCAUCAGUGUUUUGUCAGUGUGUGGUCACACUGGACAGACCGAGAAGGGGCAGGAACUUUUUAAGAUGAUGAGGAGAGAAUAUGGAGUGCAUCCGACUGCGAAGCAUUUCGCUUGCAUGGUUGAUCUUUUAGGUCGAGCCGGGAAGCUCAAGGAAGCUAGGGUACUGAUAGAAGAAAUUCCAAAGCCAACAGCUUCUGUCUUUGCUUCUUUGCUUGGUGCUUGUAAAUGUCAUUCGGAUGCCGAACUGGGAGAAGAGAUGGCUGAAAGGCUUUGGGAACUAGACCCAGGGAACCCAACUCCAUUUGUGAUUCUGUCUAAUAUAUAUGCUGAGCAACAAAGGUGGGUUGAUGUUGAAAGGGUGAGGGAGAUGAUGAAGGAUAGAGGACUGCAGAAGGUUCCUGGUUAUAGCUGGAUAGGAGUGAGACAAGAAAGCUUACAUCAGCAUACUCAAGGAUUUUAGUGUUAUUAUUCUCUGAGAGGCAGCAUAUGAGGCCUAGGGAAAUGAUGAACUUGAGACAUCAGGCUGUGAUAUAUGUUUGGAUGCGGCGGGCUGCAAUAUCUGGAAUUUUCAGAGAAGGUAUUAAGUACAGAGCCUCUAUGAGAGGGAGGCUUCUUUGAUCACAAAAUUGGGAUGUUGGAAAACCCAGUUUUUUAAGAGCGGCUUAUGGGAGAUGAUACUGUACGGCCAGUUGGAUGAUAAUAAGGUAGAACGCCAAUCAUAGUGGGGAAAUUGGCAUCUAAAAGCAAUUUCCAAAUUUUUUUUGGUUGGUUUUCACCACUUCAAUUUUGAGGAUAGAAAAAAAGAAGGUGAGAAGACGCUGAGCGGUCAUCCAGCGGGCCCACGAAGAAAAACCUGGUUUCAUAGUCCAAAUGGGGACUGCAUGCACAUUGGGUAAAAAAUAAAAGAAAAACCUAUGCAUGUAAUGACUAUGCCACUAAGCUUCCUUGAUUAAGAUAUCCUCCACCUGUUGCUAUGUUUAGGUGGACCAAGAAGCAGGUGCUUAGGUCUGGGUUUUUCCCAUCAGUACCUAUCACUAGGCACCCUAAAAUUGUCCAAGAUAACUAGAGGAUUUGAGCUGGCCAAACUUUAUUCUUUGUAAUCCCAAAUGACUGCAUCUCAAAUGGACUUUAUUAAAACCAGACUUGGAUUUGGGUCA